AUGGCAGUCACCGCUUACCAUCACUUCCGCUAUUCAAUAGAACAGUAUUAUGCUCGGAUUACACCCUACGAAAGACAUUUGCUUUUGAGCACCCUCCAGGCAUUUACUCGGGCAAUGGAUGCUUAUAAUUUGACGUAUUUUCUUUAUGGAGGUAGCCUUCUUGGUUCUUACCGACACCAUGGUAUUAUACCAUGGGAUGACGAUGUCGAUAUUAUGAUGAACAGCUCGCAAAAAGAAUUGAUAAAAAAGGCUUUGGGUAAGAAAUCACCUGAUUAUGAAUUGGACAUACCACCGUCUGGUCAGUGGAAGUUUUAUUAUACCCAUAUGCACAAUUUACUAAAUCGAAAUCAUCGCUGGCCGUAUGUAGACAUGUUCUUUUUCGAGGAAAAUUCAACACAUAUUUGGGAUGAGGUUCCCGAAUACGGAAAGACAUUCAUCUUCCGCAAAAAUAAAGUAUUUCCAUUACGCAACCGACCAUUCAACCAUCUAAUGGUGCACGCUCCUUGCAACCCAGCGGCUUGUAUGAAUGGCUACACUGAAGAGAUAUGCGUGGCUAGUAGCUAUUCGCAUAAAGAAGAGACUCCAUUGCCGGUUUACAAAUGGGUGACUGUACCAUGCGAUAAACUAAAGUUUCGUUUUCCUUUCAUACAAAGAACACAGUUUGAUGACGGCGCAUGGAACGAAAGUCUUGUGAACAACACCAAACUUAUACACACAAUUAUCACGCCUAAGUAUUGCUAG